AUGGCUGGGAACAUGGUGAACUGGACAUCGGAUCCGUUGCAAGAAGUCCGUUGCGCGAAUGGCCCUGCUGCGGCACCGGGAUCCAGGGGCUUGCGGCUAGUUGAGAUCCACUGUGAAAUGAGUCAUGCUUCUUGUUCUGCGCCGUCCGUUGGUACUAUGCCUGAAACUGAUAAUAGUUUUAUAUCAAUCCAAUGCAUCUUGCAAGAGCCGCAGCUUGCAUAUAUGUCGUGUCUUGCCCCAGCAAAUUGUGUACCUGUCCCAGUAAAGGACUUUUCCUCAUCGAAAUGCAUCACACGCAUGCAGUAA